UCCCCCUGCCCCGUGCAGGGAGCCAGUGCACUUUAGCAGCAGCCAGGGGGAGGAGACGAUGCCGUGAGCUGCUGUGUCGUCAGCUACUUAACGAGGGAGGGAAUGGGAGGGAAUUAAUUCCCCCCCAACACACGCACAGGGCAGAAGUGGCUGGGGCAGGAGCUGGAUAAAUUUCCAGCCACUGCUACCAUGAGUUGCUCCGGUCUCAGCCAGUAAACUGUUCAGAGAAGAAUAGAACCCAGGCGUCCUGGCUCUCAGCCCCCCCGCUCUAACCCACUAGACUCCACUCCCCUCCCAGCGCUGGGAUAGAACCCAGGAGUCCUGACUCCCAGCACCCCCUCCCCAAUGCUGGGGAGGGGGAGCCGGCCAUGCCGUCUGAGGCCCUGCCCUGCUUCCAGCUGCUGCGCAUGGGCCCAGCCUGCCCGGGGGAUGACCCGAACCGGGACCUGCACACCUUCCGGCCAGCCGGGCCGCGCUGCACCUACCGGCUAGGGCGCCGGGCCGAGGUCUGCGACGUCCCCCUGGUGUCGGAGCGCAUUCCGGGGCUGGUGUCCCGCGUCCACGCCGAGAUCCACGCCGAGAGGGACCCGCACAGCACCGCCGGGGAGUGGCGGGUCUGCCUGGUGGACUGCAGCACCCACGGCACCUACGUCAACGCGGUGCGGGUGCCCCGGGGCCAGCGCCUGGAGCUGAGCGACGGAGACCUGGUCACCUUUGGCCACCCGGACGCUAUGCCCAAGGGCUGCGCCCUGGCGCCCCCGCCUGGCGACUCGGAGUUCUGCUUCCUCUUCCAGAAGGUGCGGGUGCAGCCCCAGGAUUUCGCCGCCAUCACGGCCCCCAAGGCCCCCUGGCCACUCCCCUGUGGCUUCAAACCCGUGCUGCCCGGCGGCAACCAUCGCAUCCGGCCGCUAGCCCGGCCGGUGGGGCCCUCCCGCCCCAAGGCCACCCUGAUCCUCAGCUCCAUCGGCAGCAUCAAGCUCAAGCCGCAGCCGCUGACGUUCACCCUGAGCCGGGGCCCGAGGUCGGAGCCGGCCGCCCGGCCUGGGGCCUCCAGGAACCGUCGGAAGUCGGCCCACACGCUGCUCCCCGAGCUGGAGGACGAGGUGACCCGGCUGGACGAGGAGCAGUGGCCUUGCGAGCCGGACGGAUACAGCUGCCAAAGCCCGCUGCGCAGGGCGCCGGAGGGGGCGGGGAGCGGCAGGGCGCAGCCGGACGCGCGACUGAAGGUCCAGGUCACGCCAAGCGGGAAGCGGCGGGGGCAGCCGCGGAAGCACCCGCUGCAUGACACCUGCCAGGUGUUCUCGCAGACGCUGCUGGCGGUGGAGCCCUGCGCGGCCCCGCGCUGCCGCCUGCCCCAGGACGAGACGGUGCAGUGGGUGCAGUGCGACGGCUGCGACGCCUGGUUCCACGUGGCCUGCGUGGGCUGCAGCUACAGCGCCGUCCAGGAGGCCGACUUCCGCUGCGGGGGCUGUCGCACGUAGCCGCGGGGCAGUGGGGGACGGAGCACGGGGCAGCCAGGAGACCGGAGACUGUGCAAGAUGGGCAGGGAGUGGUGAAACCGUGCCAGGCAAUUGUGGGUGCAGACAGUGACUGGUGAAACUGUGCCAGGCGAUUGUGCGCACACAGGCAGCGACUGGUGAAACCGUGCCAGGCGAUUGUGCGUGCAGACAGUGACUGGUGAAACCGUGCCAGGCGAUUGUGCGUGCAGACAGUGACUGGUGAAACCGUGCCAGGCGAUUGUGAGCACACAGACAGUGACUGGUGAAACUGGGCCUGCCGAUUGUGCACACACAGGCAGUGACUGGUGAAACCAUGCCAGGUGAUUGUGCGCACACAGGCAGUGACAGGUGAAACAUGACACCUUAGAAGGGACUGGUGAAAUCGUGGGAGACAAGCAGCGACAGGUGAAACAUGACACCUUAGAAGGGACUGGUGAAAUCAUGGGAGACAAGCAGUGACUGGUGACAUUGUGCCAGGCGAUUGUGCAUGCACAGGCAGUGGCGGGUGAAAACAUGCACACCCUCACAGUGACUAGUGACACCAUGCCAGCCAAGUGGAGACUGGG